AUGGAUCACAACGACUUCAACCCCUUCAUUGUCCAUUGCUACUACGCUAUUUUCGUUAUGUUUGCAUUGUCUGCAAACGGACUACUGAUAUAUCUCAUCAGAUUCAAGAGUCCUCACAUUGUUCGGAGCUUGAAAGCCAUGUUGAUUAACAUAUCUACAAUGCAAAUACUUACAGCCCUGAUGGCGGGACUUCUGCAAGGGAGAUUGAUUGGCUACGGGUCGAGUCUUGCAAUCCUUUCAGAAGAUCCACUUCGUAUGUUUUGUCCUCGGGCAGGCCUCAUCAGCUACAGCAUCAUAAGUGCAUUUACGUUCUAUGUAGAGCUAUUGAUAGCUCAUACAAUGUAUUGGCGUUAUCGAAUGUUACAAGCCAGACAGAUGAACAAAGCAGAAGUUCUUCUGAGCUUCGCCAUGAUUGGGAUUUGGCCAAUAUUACUUCUGGUUCUACCGCAUAUUGGACCUCCACAGUUCGACAUUAUCAUGAAAGAAGUAGUCCACGUACAUCCCGAUUACAACUUGAAGAAGUAUGGAAAAUUCGGAGGAUUUGAUUCAAAAUCUUCGAAUCAGGCAAUAUGGUGGUUCAUUGGUUCUGCAACUGCGAUCAUUUCACCGAUUCUUAUACUGUAUCUCAGACGUUCAAUUCUGAAAACUCUCAAAAAUAGGAAACAGCAGUAUACCACGAAACCUAGUCGGAGUUCUAAAAUGUAUCUGAAGGUGAGUCUACGAACAAUCUGCUCAUAA